CUUGCUGCCCUCCCCCCCACCUCACAGACCUUCCCUUCGACGGAGCGCUCCUCAGCCUGCCCGCUGCCGCCCCCGGGCAGCCCCCGCAGUACGGCCCAAUCUCCUGGAUUGCUCGCGAUUCCUCCAAGCCGGGUCGGCCGGCGGUUGCUGGCGGCGCGGGCGAGGCAUGGGUGGUGCAGGCAGGGCCCCAGUGGAGCAAUGCGCGGCGGGGGGCGGAUGCGGCGCGGGUGGCGCGGGAGCUGCUGGAGGAGUUUGGGCGCCUGGUGCAGGUACCCCUGACGUACGCUGACGUGCUGCACGCGGAGGCUCACUGCUGGCGGGACGCCUACCCGCUCAACCCGCGGCCGCCACAGCCCUGGAGCCCCUGCCCCCAGCAGCAGCAGCAGCAGGAGGAGGGAGAGGAGGGAGAGGAGGGGGCGGGGAAGGCGGCGGCGGGGACAGCAGCGGGAACUGCAGCAGCGGCAGGAGCAGGAGCAGCAGCAGCAGCAGGUGGUGGCGAUGGC